UGGGACAGCUAUCAAUCGUUCAUUUAGCUGAAAAGAAAUCCUUUUAUCUGAUAGGAUAUGCCAUGACAUAAGAGAGGAGAGGAUUGCCACACUUGUAAAGCAGGACUAACCUGAGGAUAUCUUCGUGGAAAACCUUUGAGGAUAUCUUGGAGGGAACCCUUAGAACAGUCUAAGUGAACAAUUUGUUUUAAGUUAUAUAAUGCUGAGCACAGUCACAAAAGCCACAAGACAAGUGACCUUACAUGUGAAAGAUAUCGUGAAUGAUAAAGGAAAGAUGAAAAAUAAGGAAAACAUGAAAGAUCCUAGAAUAUAUGAUGUGAAGGACCCAUCUGCCUUUAUAUUUAAUCCUACUACGAGUACCACAUAUAUGAAAGGCAAAUUACUUGGAAAGGGUGGAUUUGCUAAGUGCUAUGAACUGACUGAUCUCAAAACAGAUAAAGUAUAUGCUGGGAAGAUUAUUGCCAAAACUAGAAUAAGUAAACCUCACCAGAAAGAAAAGAUUGUAAGAGAGAUUGAGCUCCAUAGAACACUGGACCAUAAACAUGUGGUAGGAUUCCAUAGCUUCUUUGAAGAUGACGAGAAUGUCUACAUCAUAUUGGAGAAAUGCUCUAAAAAGUCUUUAGUUCAUGUGAUGAAGAACCGUUCUACAAUCACCGAGCCAGAAGUUCGUUACUACAUCCGUCGUUUGGUCUAUGGCUGCCAAUAUAUACACAGUCAACACAUAAUCCACAGAGACCUGAAACUGGGCAAUAUGCUACUCAAUAGUAACAUGGACAUCAAAAUUGGCGACUUUGGACUGGCAACUAAAGUGGACUAUGAAGGAGAAAAGAAAAUGACUGUGUGUGGCACUCCAAACUAUAUAGCCCCUGAGGUAUUACAGAAGAAAGGACAUAGUUAUGAGGCAGAUAUAUGGGCCAUCGGCUGUAUUAUGUAUGCACUUUUAGUGGGCCGGCCACCAUUUGAGACGGCAACAUUGAAGGAAACCUACAACAGAAUAACUCACAACAAAUACUCCAUUCCACCCCAUCUCUCAUUAGAGGCUAAAAAACUCAUUAAGGCUCUGUUAAGUAAUAACCCUGAAGACAGACCAACACUUGAAGAAAUACCUCUCCAUCCAUUCUUCUUGAGCGGCUUUGAACCUAAACAUCUCUCAGAUUCAGCUUGUGUGUCUGCCCCAAAGUUCCCCAUCACAAGUCUCAUCUCUAGUAAUCGACAAAAGUCCAAUGCUGAUCCUGCCAAUCAAGAUGGAGUUAACAAAAUAACGUCAUCACUUGCCGUGUUUCGUACACAAUCGAGUAAGAAGGUGCUCAAUAGUCAAACCAAGGUAACUAGGAAACCCCCACAGGUGCCCCACAAAGACCCCACGUACCCUGCAGUAAAUCCAGCAAUACACCCUGCAAUGCACAGUACCCUGUCUUCAAAUUGCAAUGGAGUAACCACCUUUAAUGGUACAGGAAAUGCUGUUGCACUCUGUCAAGUCUUAGAGGCCUUCAUCAACAAUGUUCGCCAAGAUUGCCCUGACAAUCCAUCACCUCUUGUACAGAGUAAUGUGCUAUGGGUGACAAAAUGGGUCGAUUAUUCCAACAAAUAUGGUUUCGGCUACCAACUCUCAGAUCGUACCAUAGGUGUUCUCUUCAAUGAUGGAAGUCGCAUCUGCCGAAGUCCUGAUGGAAGAUCUGUACACUUUAAUGAUAUGACGGGUAAGCUGUGUGGCUUCACUAUGGAUGCCCCACCAUCCAACAUGGAGAAACGAACAAUACUUCUCUCUUACUUUGCUCAAUAUAUGGAGGACAAUCUCAUUAAGGGAGGACACGAUGACAACAUGAACAUGAAUGAGAACUGGUGCUCAAAUAUCUUUAUGAAGAAAUGGUUUAGAACUUCCAAGGCAAUAGUGAUGUACCUUAACACAGGAACUUUACAGAUCAAUUUCUUUGACGACCACACAAAGGUGAUCAUCACUCAAACCCCCCACAGUGAAUACCUUGUCACGUAUAUUGACCAGGAUCGCCAGUCAUCUACAUUCCGAAUGGCUCAACUCCAAUAUCUCGGCUGUUCAAGUGAGAUUGUUGAUAGACUGUCCUAUUCCAAAGAAAUGCUGCUGAAUAUCAUUGAGAUUGAAGGUGAAGAAGUGUGAAAUUUCAACAUUUUUGUUUCCCCGAAAUGCUUUUGGCGGCUAUCACAAAAUUGUGUGAUUAACUGGUAUGAUUAAGUUGGAUUUUGAGUUUAUCAUCUCAAACAUUACAAAAGUGAUGCUGCUAGCCACAGUGAUUGGCAGAUUGGAAUGUGGACCAAUAGAUGGAGCCGUUUUAGGUUAAAUAAUGUGAUCUCUUUACAAAUUGAUUUUUCAUCCAACUCUAAGGAUGAGGUUAUUGACCAAAUCAAAAUGUGGUUCAAAAUGGUCGUUAGUAAGAUAAGUAGGAGUCUGUAGACCAGGGGGUUAUUAACAUCAGCUUUGUGUAGGUAAGGAUUCCUAAAGUUCAUUGUUCUCUUACUAUGAUGUCAUUAUAUCCAUGGUUAC